GUAUGUGUGCAGACAUGAUGACUAGGCAUUUCAAUCAUUUCUUACGUGUGGCAAUAAUAUAGAACAAGGAAGGGAUCAGGUUACAAAAUAUGUUGGGUUUUUUUUUAAUAUUUUUCAAUAAGGAAGCCAAUCAGUAAUCAAUUAAUAGUCAAAUAUAGAUCACACCACCACCAUCACCAUCAUCACCACUACAACCACCUCCAUCAGUGGUUAGUUUCAUAAAUAAAUUCUAAUAUAAUUAGUCUGUUUUAUUCAACAAGAAAAUAUUCAUAGAAGUUAAUUAUUAUAGUAGAAUGUAUACAUCAACUCCAUAUACGAAUCAUAGAUCAGAACAUUCAACUAUAUCUAAUGAAAUAGAUAUUUCAAAUAAUAUUCAAUUUAAUUCUCAAACAAGUUGGAAAAAACGUAAUAAACCACUAGUGGAGAAACGUAGACGUCAACGCAUUAAUCAUGCACUGGAAGAAUUAAGAAGAUUGAUUAUAGAGCCUAGAAUUAAACAUUCUAAUAAAUUAGAGAAAGCUGAUAUUUUGGAUAUGACAGUCAAAUUUAUAAAAGAUUUAACAACUAAUUUUCAAUUAGAUAAAUAUCAAACUAUAUAUCAAGAAUCUCAACAAAUUGAAAAUAUUCGAAUGUUUUAUUAUGGAUAUUUAUCUUGUGAAAGUACUUUUAAAAGUAUUAUUCAAAAACAUUUUAAUAAUCAACAAUCCACAUCUUCAAUAUCAUCUUCAACAAUGAAUCAAAAUGAUCUGAUUAAUAUUAACAAUGAAUUGAUUCAUUCGAAACAGUUUACUAUGUCAUAUAUAUUAAACACUAUACAUUCAUCAUCAUCAUCAUCACCUUCAUCAUCGUUAUCAUCAGCGUCAUCAUCAUCAUUAUCAUCAUCCUUAUCAUUCCCAUCGAAACAACUUCCAAUUAAUGAUUUAUCUGAAUCAAUAAACCUUAUACCUAACUAUAAUCUUUCAUAUAAUACUGAACAAUCACAAGAUUUCAUUAAUUCAUUAAUUCAAUUAAAGAAAACGGAUAAAUUAAGUUCUAAUCGAAUUUCUCAUAAUCAUUGUAAUGAUGAAAUGUCUAUAUCAUUAUCUACAUCAUCAUUAUCAUUAAUAGAAGAGAAUAAUUAUAAUACAGAAGAAGAUAAUGUAUUAUGGAGACCAUGGUAA